CUAGGCACAACAGACUAAAUCGGGCACAUAUAUACUAUAUACGUACAUAUGUAAAGCAUAUAUAGAGGAAAUCAAAUAAUUUAUAUACAAGCCGUGCGAUGAUGCUGGAACUGCUCUGCCUGUGGCUGCCUCUGCUGAGCCAGCUCUUGGCUGCAGAUCAACCCUAUGUAACGCUGCGCGAGCGCAUUAUGAAAGCGGAGCAGAUGGCCUCGCUGGGCGGCAAUCUCUGGCUCACGGCGGAUGAGGAGAAAGCCAACAGCAUUCUCAUGAUUGCCAAGCGGGCGGAGAUAGCCGAGGGCAUCAAGUACCCGGAGAAGUACGCGCCAGCCAUGCACUUCUUUCAGGGCAAGCAAUAUGUGCGCCAGAGCGACGUCUUUCGCAUCAUACAGAAGAUGCCGAAGGGCGCCUUCCUGCACGGCCACAACACGGCCAUGGUCAGCUCCAAGUGGAUCAUCUCGAAUCUCACCAACACCAACAAUCUCUAUACGUGCCGGGACAUAAAUGGCGUGCUGAUCUUCACCUACGACACGGCCAGCUCCAACUGCCACAGCGAGGAGCAGAAUGUCUGCACGGAGCGCAUCAAUGCCGAGGAUCGCCAUCAAUAUGAGCGUCAGCUGGAGAAGCACAUCAACAUGCACACCACCAAGCCGGAGACGCUGAUGCCCAACAAAAAACUGAUUUGGAAUCGAUUCGAGAACAUUUUCACCACAGUGGAUCGUCUCUACAAAUAUCAGCCCACCUACUGCGCCUACCACAAGCGUCUGCUGGAGGAGCUCUGCGAGGACAAUAUCAUCUAUGCCGAGAUCAGAGCUUCGCUCUCGCCUCUCUAUGACGACAACAAUCGCACGUAUAGCUCGCUGGACGUGGCCAAUCAGCUGGAGCGCAUUGUGGAGGAGUUUAAGGCCAAGCAUCCGGAUUUCGUGGGCCUCAAAGUCAUCUAUGCGAAACGCAAUCGCGCUUCGGAGGAGAAAAUGGCCGAAAAUAUACGCACCUUUAAGCAGCUACACUCUGCAAAGCCGAACUUCAUAAUUGGCUUCGAUAUGAUUGGCCAGGAGGACACGGGAGAUCCGAUUAGUAAAUACGUGAAUGAGCUUUCCGAUAUGCCCAGCACGGCGAACUUUUUCUUUCAUGCGGGCGAGACAAAUUGGUAUGGUCGCGCAGACUGGAAUAUGAUGGACGCGAUAUUGUUGAACACGAAGCGCAUUGGACAUGGGUUCGCACUGCCCAAGCAUCCACAAUUGUGGUCGACGAUCAAGAAGCGUAACAUUGCCAUCGAGGUGAAUCCGCUGUCCAAUCAGGUGCUGGGCUUCAUCUGGGAUCUGCGCAAUCAUCCCGCCAGCUUUCUGAUAGCCGAAAACUUUCCGAUUGUCAUAUCGGCGGAUGAUCCGGGCGUUUGGGGCGCCAAGGGACUCAGCUACGACUUCUACUAUGCCUUCAUGGCAAUGGCGCCUGUCGAAGCGGAUCUGCGGUUCCUCAAGCAGCUGGCAUUGAACUCCAUGAAGUAUUCGGUGCUCAACUCGGUGGAGAGGCGCAAAUUCAAUCGGGUGUUCCAAAAGAAAUGGCAAGAGUUUAUUGCGAACAUCAUAAAUCCAAAGUUCGUGUAGGAACUAAGCUAGACUUUAAGGCAAAUACAAACAGAGCUUAACUAAAAGUUAAAUA